GGCGAAUUAACAACUUGUGGGGCCCUAUCUAUUCAAUCUCUCGAGCCCCAAGAAAACCCCCCUCUCCCUCGGACUCAAUCUCUCUUUUGACUCUAUAUAUGUGGGCACCUGAUAUCUAUGAGGGUUCACCCACCCCGGUGACAGCAUUCCUUUCUAUUGCGCCUAAAACCUCUAUUUCUGCAAAUAUGUCACGUGUUUCUAUUGUUGCUUCCUAUGGGGGUACAUUACAACAAAUCUUCUUUUUCUGCAGCAUUGCUUCUAUGAUCUUAGGAGCACUGGCCGCCAUGGCCCAAACGAAAGUCAAAAGACCUCUAGCUCAUAGUUCGAUUGGACAUGUAGGUUAUAUUCGUACUGGUUUCUCAUGUGGAACCAUAGAAGGAAUUCAAUCACUACUAAUUGGUAUAUUUAUUUAUGCAUCAAUGACGAUAGAUGCAUUUGCCAUAGUUCCAGCAUUACGGCAAACCCGUGUCAAAUAUAUAGCGGAUUUGGGCGCUCUAGCCAAAACGAAUCCUAUUUCGGCUAUGACCUUCUCCAUUACAAUGUUCUCAUACGCAGGAAUACCCCCGUUAGCCGGAUUUUGUAGCAAAUUCUAUUUGUUCUUCGCCGCUUUGGGUUGUGGGGCUUACUUCCUAGCCCCAGUGGGACUAGUGACUAGCGUUAUAGGUCGUUGGGCGGCCGGAAGGUUGCCAUGAGUAAGGUUGGGAGACCGAAGGCAGUUUUCCGUGCACCGGACACGUAGCUUACCGAAUCAGUUGCAACACAGAUGGGAAUGCAUGCUACGAAAGACAGGGUCGAGUCUGAUACAUCAACCGUCAACUCCAUAUCCUUGUACGAGUCC